AUGCGUGUUAUGGACCCUUUUCAGAAUCUCAAUUCGAUAUUCUCAAUCUUCCGGAAGAAUGGCCCAGAGGCGACUGCAACAUUCGUUUUGUGGGCAAAGACAGGGAAAGUGUACAGCAACCUGCAUCAGGAAACACUGUGGGCUUACGGGAAACGUUUCUCAAGCGAACUGUUCACCAAUGAAGUCAUGUUUUGUAUGUAUGCAAGAGACAAGAAUCGGUCAAUUCUCGCAGAAGAAGCCAGGCUGGCAUACUCCGUGACAACCACGGGCUCGAAGCUACGAACUUACAUUCGGAAGUUGGUUGCGUUCAAAAGACCCUUGGAGUAUGCGCCAGCCUCAGAAUCCAAGACUAUCAAAAGUGAAGACAGGGGAGAUUUAUAUGCGAAGGUGGCGAGUUGGUUUUUGAUGUCAUGGUGGCAGACAGAGCUUCUUUCGCCCAAGAUCUCACAGAUGACGAUGCGCUGGCACCUACUACUAUCAAAAUCAGAACCUGCUUCUUGA